CCCAGGGAUGAUGAUGAGGGUCGGGUUGCGGAUGUGCUGGGCAAGAGGAAAGCCAUAGAGGAGGCGCACCAGCAUGUGAUGGGCUCGGGGCCGAGACUUCCGCCCUUUGAUCUGCAGGCCCCGCCGAAGCUACCCUUCGGCAUGGAGGAUGUAUUCGCCGAGGGGGUAGAGAAGGUUGACUUCGGCAGGCUUCGGCAGCAGAAGAAGGAGGUCAACCUGGCGAUGCACCGACAGGAGGUGCCCUUGGUGAACGUCUUCUUGGAAGGCGUGAAGAGCGACCCCGAGGCCCUGGCAAAGACUCCAGCUUCAUCCUUCGUGGACCGGGCCCAAAAGACGAUCCUCACCUCUGCCUAUGCCUUUGGCGAGAUGUACGUCAGCAUGGCCAAGGCUGACAAGGAGAUCCAGAGGCUGAAGAGGCGAGAUCAGCAGGCCAAGAGCAAAGUGGCGGAGGCAGAGGAGGCCAUCCGAGAGAAGAACGCCUUGCUGGCGCAAAAGGCGGCCCUGGCCAAGGAGGUGGCGGCUCGGACCAAGGAGGUGGAGGAGCUGAAGAGGUCGAAGGCCGAGGAGGUGGCUGCUGCCCGAGCCGAGGCGAUCGAGUCCUACCGAUCCUCAGAGGAGCUGAAGAGUUAUAUCAUGGAUCGGCUGGUUGAUGAGCAGCUUCGCUGGGAAGACAGGUUGGUGAGGUUCAACCCCUCACUGGAUAUUAACUUUGACACCAGCGGCGAGCCUCCUGCCCAGACCCCUCCUGCUGAUGCUAGCACCCCGACACCUGAGGCGGAGCCGGCUACUGAGGAUGCACCGUCGACCGAGUCCUGA